AACGGGAGUUUACAGUAACAGUUCUUCCGCUGUGAUGUCGGGUCCUGGGUCUCGGAGGACCGGGUCCAGCAUCAAAAUCCGCCUGACAGUCUUAUGUGCCAAGAACCUUGCAAAGAAAGACUUCUUCCGGUUGCCGGACCCAUUUGCAAAGGUAGUGGUGGAUGGAUCAGGACAGUGUCAUUCUACAGACACAGUGAAGAGCACUCUGGACCCCAAAUGGAACCAACACUAUGACCUGUACAUAGGGAAGACAGACUCCAUCACCAUCAGUGUGUGGAACCAUAAGAAGAUCCACAAGCGGCAGGGCGCCGGGUUCCUGGGCUGUAUACGACUGCUGGCUAACUCCAUCAGCAGACUGAAGGACACGGGCUACCAGCGGUUGGAUCUGUGUAAGCUGAAUCCAUCAGACAGUGAUGCAGUACGGGGACAGAUCGUAG